UGUGAAAAAUCAAAACCAAUUCAAUUUUAACACUUGAAAUUCGCAUGUUCAUUAAGUGUUUGUAUUUGUUGUUUUGUGAGUAUUAUUACAACUUUAGGAAUACAGCUUCAGUCUUGUUUUAAUUAUUUGGGCCUCCAACGCAUCUGUACUUUAUUUUGUAAUUUGAAGUUUGUAGUGCAAAACGUGUGUAUUACUUAGGGGGUUGGUUGAUUGAUUGAUUUUAUUUCAGGUGUUAAGACAAAAUAAUUCACACAAAAAUUAUACAUUGAAAUAAUAACACAAACAUCUGAUAUUUUUUUUCCUCCAAACUUUUUACUGCAAAAUUACUGCAACUGACUCCUUAUCAAAAAUGAAUAUUUAGGCCCACUACGCUCAUGUCUUUUAAUAUGGUCAUUACAGCGUUACUUAGAGUUAAUUAAUUUUUGGCGCAGUACUUUGUUUAAAAAGUUUGAGAAGGGUCUAAAACGAGAUAAUUCCCCACCUACUUCAUCUUGUCGUCUUUGACUAUGCUGUUAAAUGCGCAUGUGUGUGGCGAUGUGGCACUUCCGCACUCGAUUUUUUUUUUUUAGAUACGUACAAACAAAAAAAUAUAAAAGUUUUACUGAUCAAACAUUUCAAGUGAAGGCAAACCCACACAUAAAUCAGCAAAAUGUUUAGCUUGUUAGUUUUGGUCCAUCUUUGUUUCAUCGUUCGUCACCGGCGGUUCCUGUACCAGCCGGCAAAUAUACGUCACUUCCUCGGUUUGUUUCCAUUUGUGUGGGGCGACCACUCUGUUACCAAAUGUGUUAUUCACUAACAACAACGUUUACAUUUUUUCCCCUUGCGACAUGCGUGUGUGGGAAACGGAGUUUUUGGUAAUUCGCGUCACUCGGUGCACCCACUGACGACAGUCCAAAACAACGUCUUUUCGCCCAAAAGGAAGAGGAAAGACGUGCACUCGAAAACAAGCAAUUGACCGGUGGCGGCUAACGCGAGCUAGCUAGUUUAUGAAAAUUGCCCAACUAUUGUUAACCGGUAUUUCCUUAAUAUCUGUGUUGCUGGCUCUGUGUCAGUUCGUACUUUAUCAAGUCCGGGUUUGAAAACGAUGGAGUGUCCUCAUUUGAGCUCGAACGUCAGCUUUGCUGGCGGCGACUUCGGGCUGCCUAACGGUGCUCCUUCGUCCUGGUGCUGCAGCGUUUGCCGAUCGAAUAAAAGUCCCUGGCUCUGCCUAACCUGCCUGGUGGUCCACUGUGGAAGAUAUGUGAAUGGGCAUGCAAAGAAGCACUUUGAAGAGAGCCACUUGUCCAACAGCGGCCAAAGGAAGGCUGACAAACAGGAGAAAGAGAAAAGUCAACAUUCAGUUUGCAUGGAUUCUGGAAACUAUAGUCUCUUCUGUUACAGAUGUGAUGAGUUUGUUGUCAAUGACACCAAACACGGGCAUGUGCAAAAGGUGCGGGAACAUCUCCAGAGCUUGGAAAACUCAGCCCUGAUUGGUGACAGACAGAGGAAAAGAAAACUUCAAGAUGGCCAAGACCCAGACAAAAAAAUUCUGAAAGAGAAUGAUGGGGCUGCUUUGGGUGCCACUGGCCUGCGUAACCUAGGAAACACGUGUUUUAUGAAUGCUAUUCUUCAGUCGCUCAGCAACAUUGAGCAGUUCAGCUGCUAUUUCAAGGGGUUGCCGGCAGUGGCGCUACGUAGCGGCAAGACGGCCGGAAGGAGGAUGUACCACACUCGCAGUCAAGGGGACACCAGUGUGUCACUGGUAGAAGAGUUAAGAAAGACCUUUUCUUCCCUCUGGCAAGGGAACCAGACUGCCUUCAGCCCCGACUCCUUAUUUUACGCAGUGUGGAAAAUCAUGCCAAGCUUCAGAGGCUAUCAGCAGCAAGAUGCCCAUGAGUUCAUGCGUUACCUGUUGGACCAUCUGCACAGGGAGCUCCAGCACAGUCAAAACGGGGCAGCGGAGCCCAGCUUGCCUCGGGACGGGCUCCGGCUGUCCGGUGCUGAUGGAAAGAGCUGCUCAAACGGCACUCCCAGCGUCGUGACAUCUAUUUUUGGUGGGAUCCUUCAGAAUGAAGUCAACUGUUUGAUAUGUGGGACUGAAUCUCGGAAGUUUGACCCUUUUCUCGAUCUGUCUCUGGACAUUCCCAGUCGGUUUAGACAAAAGAGGAGCAAGGAUCAAGAGCCAGGUCCAACGUGCACCUUGCGUGAAUGCUUACGAAGCUUCACUGACCUGGAAGAGCUGGAUGAAACAGAGCUGUACUAUUGUCAUAAGUGUAAAAAACGACAAAAAUCCACCAAGAAGUUCUGGGUUCAGAAACUUCCAAAGGUUUUGUGCCUUCACUUGAAAAGGUUCCACUGGACUGCCUUUUUGAGAAAUAAAGUGGACACUUAUGUGGAAUUUCCACUGAAAGACUUGGACAUGAAGGGCUUUUUACUCGAGCCUGACAAUUUGUUAGCGGGGAGCUAUAUGUAUGACCUGGCGGCCAUUGUAGUGCAUCAUGGAUCUGGGGUGGGCUCGGGCCACUACACGGCCUACGGCAGCCACAAAGGGCGCUGGUACCACUUCAAUGACAGCACGGUGACGCUCGUCAGCGAGGAAACGCUGAGGAAGGCCAAGGCAUACAUCCUCUUCUACACGGAGAGAACCGAGCAGGCGGCGGGAGACAAGUGUUCUGCUGAGGUGGACACUGUUUCGAAACAGCUGUUGAGUGGUUUGUCGUCACAAAACGUAGAUGCAGGCUCGCUGCAGGAAUCGGACGUAGUUGGAACGGCAUCAACUGAAACCUCCACGCACGAUGAUGACGUUGAAACUGCGAUACAGUGAAUACCUAGCUGUUAAUCACCUCAGUCGCAUCUUUUUUUUGUUGUUGUAAGAAUCCAUAUUAAAUCAUCACAAGGUGAUCCAUUUUCAUAGUAGGAUGUCAUUUUUGCAUCCAUCUACUUUUGUCUCUGAGGACUUUUAAUUCAAAUUUCAGUGUUUCACUCAAUGACGUUUAGAUUUGGAAACCAGCUGUUGGUUCAAACUUGACUGAUAACUUAAAAUCAGACACUACCAUCACAAUAACGUGGCGUCUCCAUAUUUUGAUUCAUGUUCCACCAGCUCAAAACCUCUUAAGGGGUGACAUGACAACAUCAAAAAUUAUUUGUUGUGUGCUCAAGGUUUUUGCAUUGUUUUGUGCGCUCUUCUGAGAGCUGAAGUACCAGCUUUUGCCCGUGGGAGGCAGCACCUUGCCUUGGGGCAUCAAUACUUUGGAAAACAAAGAAGAAACAGUCCUGUUGUCGCAUUUUAAUCAAAAGCGUUUAUGACUGACAAAAGCUCUCAUUUAUUGUGAGCAGAAUGCAGAAGUUAUCGUAUUGUUUGUACUAGAAACAUUUUAAACUAUGUCAAACCCAAUUAAAAAGUGCUUUUUUUUUUUCAGUGAAUGAAAGGACUUUGGAAAACUCAUUUUUAUGCAGCUUUUUAAACUAUAGAGUAUACAAAAUGAUGACAUUUCUUCAUAGAAUCAGGCCACUGACCUUAAGACAGCAUUCAUUUUUGUUUUUCAAUUAUUUCAAAUAAAAUAUAAAAUGGCGGCCUGUGAAUCUGUGAAAAUAAUCUAUCCAUGUCAAUAGCAGCAUAUGAGUUAAGUGGGGACUACACAGUUUCCACAUUAAUGAGAUCCAGUUUUAGCCAUGUUAAUUCUAAUGAAGGAGGCUCAUUUUGCUUCAAUAAGGUGUCAAAGCUCUCUUUGAAUUUGCUCUUUGGAAUAGGAAGCAGCCUUUUUAUUAUUCAAGAACAACACGGAAGGUGCCGGUGACCCUUUGUUGUUUGUCCCACUCAUACACCGCACGUCCACAAAAUGAUUCAGUGCAUAUUUUUUCUUAAAACAAGAACACGCCGCUGCCUGCACGUGGCUCACGACUCACUCCCAUUAAAUGUGUUUUUUCUCUCUCCCUCUGACGCAGUGACGCUAUAUGCUCAGCACUCAUGAGCUCACAUUGAACUGCAUUCCCCCCCACCACACCCCCCCACUGGUAAAAGUACAUCUUGGCACAGUGAGUCACGAUACAGAACGUAUUCCCGGCACUGGUAUUUCACAAUGUCCUGUUGUUUUUCUUUCCUUUUUUUUGAUAGUGUAGAACAGAACAUGAUUGGCACUACUCUGGGUCGAUGACUCGACCAUAAUUGCAUGUUCUCUGCAUUGCAUUGAAGCAAUUUCCAACAUUCACUGGGUCACAGAUUCACUUUUAAAAAAAGUGCUGACUAACAGCAUGUGACGUUCACUCAAAUUGAAUUGUUUUUCUUUUUUCUUAACAGUAAUUGUUGAGAGUACAAUACAAGGAAGUUAGGAAACUGAAAUGGGUCAGGUUGUACUGUACUCUCACAUUUCCAGGCGUGUACACUCAAAUUUGCGUGUUUUGGUCCCGGUUUCACAGACAGUGGGGCAAAUAAGUAUUUAGUCAACCACUAAUUGUGCAAGAUCUCCCACUUGAAAAUAUUAGAAAGGCCUGUAAUUGUCAAUAGAGGUGCACAAUAAUUAUCGGUCCGAUAAUUAGCAGUCCGAUAAUUGGAAUUAUGACGUCAUCCAAAUAAAUCCAAUAACAAUAUAUGUUAUCGGUACUUUUAAUAAUAUUUUUGGUGUCGGAUUGGGAUGUGUGCGUUUGUUUCCACUCCUGUUUUGCCAGUAUGCAAAGUUUUGUUACUAUACUAGUGGUCCUUAUUUUUCCUUCACUGAGUUAUAAACCUUACUAUGGCAAUUAGCAAAUGUUUGCAUUAUACAGUGUUAUGUUUACAAGUUAAUGAGAGGCCUUUUGGUUUUUAUUGAAAGGCUUACUGUUCUAUAAUUGCCAGGUAAAGAAAGUUGUUUCAUGGACCAAGACCAGAAUAGUCUCUUCUCCUGUUGCACCAAAUGUUUUAUCUGCUGACAAAGCACAAUACCUGUUGGGUUUAUGUUUGUUUUAGAUCAGUGCUCAUUUUUCAGGGGAACACAUUUUCAACGAUAUUGACUGAUUGAUAUACAUUAAAAAAUUAUAUAUAUUAUCGGUUGUUAUAUUGGUAUCGGCCUUG